AGCACAAUCAAACAUUAAAAUGAGCCCUCGGGGAGCUCGGGGUCCGUAAAGCGCGUGUUUAAAGUGAAAUGUGAGCACGUUUAAACAUGUAGAAAGUCCCCGGCGCUACAGAGCUGAAGGUCUGACAGAGAAACAUCAUGGCGUCGGGCUGAGCAUGAACGCAGGAGAUGUCUCAGGCUCCGUGGCGUUGGACUCCGUCAGUUCUGUUACUUUCACACAGGAUACAGAUGGUACCAUCAUCCUACACUGCACUCAGAACGAUGAGGGGCCAAUUGGGUCGGACGAGGAACCCGAACCCAUUCAUAAGCGGUUGCGUUUGUCCAGCGAGGAGACAGAAGACCCCGCCUCCACGCCAUCUGCUUACUCGGUGGUCGCACUUCCACUUUCAGAGCGUGAGGAGAGCUUCGAGGUGACAAUGACGGCCACGGAAAUGAAAGACGAUCCGGAUCAGGAGAGCGAAGAUCAGUUGAAGCAGGAUGAGAAGUUGUCCCCCUCACGGAAAUCCAGCGACGUGACAGCAGUCAGCCAGGCUUGGUUUACGACCAAAGAGGACAAGAACACGUUAGUGAACAAAGGUCACAAGUGGAAACAGGGCAUGUGGUCAAAGGAGGAGAUUGAUAUACUGAUGAGUAACAUUGAAAACUACCUCAAGAACCGGGGGAUUCAGGACCCUUCAGAGAUCAUCUUCGAGAUGUCAAAAGAAGAGCGAAAGGAUUUUUACCGUAGCAUCGCAUGGGGUUUGAAUCGUCCCCUGUUCGCAGUUUACAGGCGCGUGUUGCGUAUGUAUGACAAUCGCAACCACGUAGGCAAAUACACACAAGAGGAAAUUGAAAAACUGAAAGAACUCAGGCAGAAGCACGGAAAUGACUGGGCCACUAUCGGGGCAGCUCUCGGACGCAGCGCCUCGUCAGUGAAGGACCGGUGCAGACUCAUGAAGGACACGUGCCAUACAGGUAAAUGGACAGAGGAAGAAGAGAGGAGGCUGACAGAGGUGGUGCAUGAGCUGACGGGCACAGUGACUGGUGAUGUGGUGACUCAGGGGGUAUCGUGGGCAUCGGUGGCUGAUCUAGUUGGCACUCGCUCGGAGAAACAGUGCCGCUCUAAAUGGCUCAACUACCUGAACUGGAAACAGAGCGGAGGCACAGACUGGACCAAAGAGGACGAUAUCAACCUCAUCAACAGGAUCAUCGAGCUGUCAGUGGAAGACGAGAACGAAAUAAACUGGGACAUUUUGGCUGAGGGAUGGAGCAGCGUUCGCUCUCCUCAGUGGCUCCGGAGCAAAUGGUGGACCAUUAAAAGACAAGUGUCCAAUCACAAAGACCUUCCAUUUCCUGUCUUGCUAAAAGGACUACAGGACGUUGUGGAAGCUCCCUCGUCCACAGUGAAUAAGGUCGUGGUGGUGGGCUCGCGCUCCGUCCACGGCUCGUCCAGCCCGGUCACUGCACUACAGAUCCCUGUCCAGAUCCCUGUCCAGAUCACACACAUCUCUUCUUCAGACAGUACAAGUGGGAGCUCAGAAAGCGGGACGAUUACACUGAACUCUGGGGCGCUGCAGACUUUUGAACUUCUCCCAUCCUUCCACUUGCAGCCCACCGGCACCCCGGGUACCUACUUCCUCCAGACCGGGUCCAAUCAGAAUCUGCCUCUAACGCUAUCUGCCAAUUCCACCGUCACGCUCGCAGCCGCAGGAUCGCCCGGUUCACCAGAGCAGAUCAUCUUACACAGCCUGGCCGGAGACAGCAUGAGCGACAACGUUACGGUACAAAUGUCUCAUCCUGGCAUCAUAAUCCAGACUGUGACAUCAGAAGACCUUCCUGACCCUCUUAACCAAUCAGAGUUGACGUCUGAGCGGGACUUGGCCAAUGAGGAGGGUGCCGAAGAGAAGCAGCGCUCGAAGGAAGGGGAGUCGAAUGAGCAGAGCUCUAAAGUAGUGCGAGAGGACGCAACAUAUAAGAGUUUGAAAUUAAAGGAGGAAGCAGUGAACAGCGGUAUCGUUGACAGCACCGUGCUAAUUGUCCCGUCACCGAGCAGCUUCAUCCCGACCAGCGACAUCACCACCGACGCCGUCCUUCCUGUUGGAACACUCACAGAUCCCAUUCUGCAGAACCAGGAGGAAGGCUCAGACUGCUGAGCACCUGUCUUGUGCGUCUAAUGCAAGAGAAGGUUGGGAGUUUGUGAGAAUGCCAUCGUUCUCAGAACAUCCUGCUGUAGAGGGCAAGUAUUAUUGUGAAGGAGAUCCGGUAUAAACUGGGAGAGUCAGAAACCUGUGUGUAAUGUUUUCUACACUUGCAAAAAACAGUCAUUAGAUUAACAAUAUGAACACUGAGCCAUUUGUCAUGAUAAAGACUGGGAGACACACGCACACACACACACACAUUAUACACAAACACACGCACACACACAGAUUGUUUACUGCUAUGUAGCUGUUUAAUGUCUAAAUAUUUGUAGAUCUGUACAUGUCAUGCUAUUAUGGACAAGGUGCAGUCAUAGGUUUUUUUAUGGUCCGUUAAACAGAAAAGCGUUACACUGAAUCAUGAUUUAUUUUUUUUGGACAUCUGAGUACUGCUUUCUCAUUCACAUUUUAUGAAAUUUGCACUGAUCCAUCUUCGGUUAUGAUAGCGUGUUAGCCAAACACCUAACGUCUGCUUGUCUGGACAGAUGUUAAUUUAUCAAAGGGUUACAUUUUCUAUGUGAGUGUAAGGUCUUGUGUUUAUUUAUUGAAUAAACAAAAUGUUAUUCACUG